AUACUCGUCUUCCUCUUCUGCUUCCUCUUCGGCUCUGUAAUUUACAAUCGGGAAAGUUGUAAUCAACACUCACUGACGAUUGAUGAACUUACCCAUCAACAUGAUUUUGAUGCUGUAGAGGUGAUAUUAUUCUUCGCAAAUCAUCUAAUUUCAAUCUCGCGGAGGAUCGAAACUAGGGUUAACCUCUCCUGACCAAUGCGGUGGCUGCUGCAGCGAACGGUUAGUUUCUCCACUAAUUUCUCCAAAUUCAGACACGGGUUUGGUCUUAUUCAGACAUGUGGUUUAGUCAACGUAAAGCUAAAAUGGGUAAAAGACAAGGAACUCGAUGCCGUCGUGGCUCGCGAGAAACAUCUCAAAGCAGUCUGCAACCUCGUUUCGAUCAUCUCGUCUUCACACGAUUCGAAAGCACCGAUCUUUCACCUCAACACUCACCGAGGCCAGCUCGGUCUGCCUCAAGAGCUAAAGCUCGCGGCUUUCAUAAGGAGAUACCCCAACAUCUUCGUGGAGCAUUGUUGUCGUGAUGGCGCAGGCACUCGCGUUCCUUGCUUCGGUUUAACCCCCGAGGCGAUAGAGCUUUACAGUGAAGAGGUUAGUGUUUUGCGGGUGAAUAAAGAGGAUGUCUUGUCGAGGCUGUGUAAGCUUCUUAUGCUCACGAGUGAAAGAACGCUUCCUCUGCAUUCCGUUGAUCAUCUCAGAUGGGAUUUGGGUUUGCCGUAUGAUUACAAACGUUCGUUGGUUCGUAACCACCAGGAUUUGUUCUGUUUGGUUGAGUUGUCUAGUGAUCUCGUCGGUUUGAAGUUGUUACAUUGGGAUGAACGUCUCGCUGUUUCACACCACAUGAGGAGUGAUGAUAUGGCCUUCCCGGUUAAGUUUACGAGAGGGUUUGGGUUAAAGAGGAAGAGCAUGGAGUGGCUGCAAGAAUGGCAGAGACUCCCUUACACGUCGCCUUACGUCGACGCGUCUCAUCUGGAUCCGAGGACUGAUUUGUAAACGUCUACCUGAUGUUUUUGUUAAAGCUAACGUCGGUAUGCAGACUCUCAAGACCAAGAUUUGUCCUGUGAAGACGACGAAUCCGCUCUGGAAUGAAGAUCUUGUCUUCGUGGUCGCUGAGCCGUUCGAGGAGCAGCUGGUGAUCUCUGUGGAAGACCGCGUUCACGCGUCGAAAGAUGAAGUCAUUGGUAAGAUCAGCUUGCCGAUGAACGUGUUCGAGAAGCGGUUAGACCACCGUCCUGUUCAUUCUCGUUGGUUCAAUCUCGACAAGUACGGUGUUGUAGAGGGAGAUCCGAGGAGGAGAGAGCAUAAGUUCUCUAGCCGGAUUCACCUGAGGGUCUGCCUCGAAGGAGGCUACCAUGUGAUGGACGAGUCAACGAUGUAUAUUAGCGACACGAGACCAACGGCUAGGCAGCUCUGGAAGCAGCCGGUGGGAAUGUUGGAGAUUGGGAUCCUUGGAGCUAAAGGAUUAGUGCCGAUGAAGUUGAAAGAGGGUAGAGGAAGCACCGACGCGUAUUGUGUAGCUAAGUAUGGUCAAAAAUGGGUGAGAACUAGAACCAUUCUUGAUUCGUUGAGUCCAAGAUGGAACGAGCAGUACACGUGGGAGGUCUAUGAUCCUUGCACUGUUGUCACUCUCGGUGUUUUCGACAACUGUCAUUUGGGUUCAGGUUCCUUUAAAGAUGCAAGAAUAGGUAAGGUGAGAAUCAGGCUGUCUACACUAGAGGCUCACAAGAUCUACACACAUUCGUUUCCUCUUCUUGUUCUUCAACCGCACGGUCUCAAGAAAACUGGUGACCUCCAGAUAUCAAUACGUUUCACAACUCUUUCUUUGGCCAACAUCAUCUACAAUUACGGCCACCCGCUUCUCCCCAAGAUGCACUAUCUUUUCCCUUUCACGGUUAACCAAGUAGACGGGUUAAGGUACCAAGCGAUGAACAUCGUUGCAACCCGCCUCGGACGAGCCGAGCCGCCGCUGAGGAAAGAGGUUGUUGAGUACAUGUUGGAUGUAGAUUCCCACCUAUGGAGCAUGAGAAGAAGCAAAGCCAACUUUUUCCGCAUAAUGUCGCUUCUCUCCGGCUAUUUCUUGGUCGGGAAGUGGCUUGAGGAUAUCUGCAACUGGAGAUACCCGGUUACUUCUGUUCUGGUCCAUGUCCUGUUCUUCAUUUUGGUCAUGUACCCUGAGCUUAUCAUGCCCACGAUGUUUCUGUACAUGUUCUUUAUCGGAUUGUGGAACUUCAAGUCAAGGCCGAGACACCCUCCUCACAUGGAUAUGAAGCUCUCUUGGGCCGAGGCUGUUAAUCCUGAUGAGCUUGAUGAAGAGUUUGACACGUUUCCAACGUCUAGGUCACAGGACAUGGUCAGGCUGAGGUAUGACCGGCUCAGAAGUGUUGCGGGUAGGAUUCAGACCGUGGUUGGAGAUAUAGCAGCUCAGGGGGAGAGAGUUCAGUCGCUUCUGAGCUGGAGAGACCCUAGGGCUACGAGCCUGUUCAUCUUGUUCUGCUUGGCUGCAUCCGUGGUCCUUUACGCAAUGCCGUUCAAAGCAAUAACGCUGGCUGGUGGGCUUUACUAUCUGAGACACCCAAAGUUUAGAAGCAAGUUGCCUUCUUUGCCAAGUAACUUCUUCAAGAGAUUGCCAUCUCGUAUAGACAGUCUUCUUUAACCUAAACACUUUUCUUAAGCAAUAUUUACAAUAAUUCCAAUAUGUUUUUUUUUCAACUUUUUCUUCCAAGUUUCAGUUCUCUAAGUUGGCAAUAAUCAUUAUGAAUCUUUUUUAAACAAUAUUGUCAGUUUUAAUGAUGUAACUAAUAAUAACUAAUGAUACAUUAUAAAUGUUUACUAAUGUUUUCUUCGAGUAA